CCGGAAGCAGAGGUGCGGCGGGCCGGAAGCAGGCGGUGGAAAGGACCGCGCUUCCCUCUGGCUCGCGCGAGGCGUCCCGCUGCCUCUCCUCGCUUCCCGCCAUGUCGCGGCGGCGGCACAGCGACGACAGCGAUGGGCAGCCCCACAAGAGGCGGAGGACGUCGGAGCCGUCGGAGAUCGAGGAAAGGCUCGAGUCGCUCAUCUGCAGGGUGGGAGAGAAGAGUAAUUCAUCUUUGGAGAGCAACUUGGAGGGCCUAGCUGGUGUUUUGGAAGCUGAUCUGCCAAAUUACAAAAGCAAGAUACUAAGAAUACUAUGUACUGUUGCACGUCUGUUACCAGAAAAGCUUACUGUUUACACGACACUAGUUGGGUUGCUGAAUGCCAGGAACUACAAUUUUGGUGGGGAAUUUGUAGAAGCCAUGAUUCGUCAGCUUAAAGAAUGUCUGAAAGUCAAUAUGUAUAAUGAAGCUGUGCAUUUAGUUCGUUUUCUGUCUGAUCUUGUGAAUUGUCAUGUAAUAGCUGCACCUUCGAUGGUAGCUAUGUUUGAGAAUUUUGUGAGUGUGACACAGGAAGAAGAUGUUCCCCAAGUACGAUGUGACUGGUAUAUGUUUGCAUUUCUGUCAUCUUUGCCUUGGGUUGGAAAGGAGUUAUAUGAGAAAAAGGAUGCUGAAAUGGAUCGUCUCUUGUCUCAGACAGAAAGCUAUUUGAAACGCCGCCAGAAGAUUCAUGUACCCAUGCUGCAAGUUUGGACUGCUGAUAAACCACAUCCACAAGAAGAAUAUUUAGACUGCCUUUGGUCUCAGAUUCAGAAGUUGAAAAAAGACCGUUGGCAAGAACGACACAUUCUGAGGCCCUACUUGGCUUUUGACAGCAUUCUUUGUGAGGCGCUGCAACACAAUCUGCCUCCGUUCACUCCUCCGCCUCACACUGAAGAUUCAGUCUACCCAAUGCCAAGGGUUAUUUUUAGGAUGUUUGACUACACAGAUGACCCUGAGGGCCCUGUCAUGCCUGGCAGCCACUCUGUUGAACGAUUUGUAAUAGAAGAGAACCUUCACUGCAUCAUCAAAUCCCACUGGAAAGAGAGAAAGACUUGUGCUGCACAGCUGUUGAGCUAUCCAGGAAAUAACAAGAUCCCCUUGAACUACCACAUAGUAGAGGUAAUAUUUGCAGAAUUGUUUCAACUUCCCUCUCCACCACACAUUGAAGUCAUGUACACAACACUCCUGAUUGAACUGUGCAAACUUCAGCCUGGCUCUUUACCACAAGUUCUUGCACAAGCCACAGAAAUGCUCUACAUGCGUUUGGAUUCAAUGAAUACAACAUGUGUGGACAGAUUUAUUAACUGGUUUUCUCACCACUUGAGCAACUUUCAGUUCCGUUGGAGCUGGGAAGAUUGGUCAGAUUGUCUUACUCAGGACCUUGAAAAGCCCAAACCCAAAUUUGUGAGAGAGGUUUUGGAAAAGUGCAUGCGACUCUCCUACCAUCAGCGAAUAAUAGACAUUGUUCCUGCAAGUUUUUCUGUCCUCAGUCCUGCUAAUCCAGUGUGCAUUUACAAAUAUGGAGAUGAAAGUAAUCGGUCUCUUCCUGGAUAUACUGUGGCACUCUGUUUAACAAUCGCAAUUAAAAAUAAGGCCAGUAAUGAUGAAAUCUUCAGCAUUUUAAAAGAUGUGCCUAACCCAAACCAGGAUGAUGAUGAUGAUGAAGGAUUUACCUUCAACCCUCUGAAAAUAGAAGUCUUUGUUCAGACUCUGCUCCAUCUAGCUGCAAAGUCUUUCAGCCACUCCUUCAGUGCCCUGGCAAAGUUUCAUGAAGUCUUCAAAACGCUUGCUGAAAGUGAUGAGGGGAAACUCCAUGUUCUGAGGGUUGUGUAUGAGGUUUGGAAGAAUCAUCCACAGAUGAUUGCUGUGCUUGUGGACAAGAUGAUUCGGACACAAAUUGUUGACUGUGCUGCAGUAGCGAACUGGAUCUUCUCUUCAGAGCUUGCACAUGAUUUUACUAGGUUUUAUAUCUGGGAGAUCUUACAUUCCACAAUUCGUAAGAUGAAUAAGCAUGUUCUGAAGAUUCACAAAGAACUGGAGGAGACUAAGGCAAGAUUGGCCAGGCAGCACAAGAGACGAGAUAGUGACGAUGAUGAUGAUGACGAUGACCGAAGCAGUGAUCGGGAAGAUGGACCACUAGAGGAGCAGAUAGAGCGCUUGCAGGAGAAAGUAGAGUCAGCCCAGAGCGAGCAAAAGAAUCUCUUCCUUGUUAUAUUCCAGCGUUUCAUUAUGUUGUUAACUGAGCACUUAGUGCGCUGUGAAACUGGUGGAAUUGAUGUGUUUACACCUUGGUACAAGAGCUGUAUAGAGAGGCUGCAGCAGAUCUUCCUGCAGCAUCACCAGAUAAUCCAGCAGUACAUGGUGACCCUAGAGAACCUCCUCUUUACAGCUGAACUGGACCAUCACAUACUGGCCGUGUUUCAGCAGUUCUGUGCUCUGCAGGCCUGAGGAUUAUUCAUGGGCAGAGUCUUGUCUGCAGGACUUCAAUGAUUUUAUUUUUUCUUUUUAAAUGAGAAAACUUGAUACGGGGAUGAAAGGAACUUUUGACUAAAACUGGCUUUCAUGUGCUUCUAUAUAAAACAAUACAGUACUCUAACCAACAGCAGACUGUGUAAGCAUCAUAAGCCUUACAAGAUAUGACUGAUAGGGGAUAGACGUGAAGUAAAGUAUGAAUUCUUUUUGUUGUCUUUUAAUUUGAUUUGACUUUUGACUUCAUGACAGUAUUUUUUUCUCCUGUGUUCUUUAUAUAAAAAUAAAAAUCAAGGAAAAAAAACCCAAACCAAAACAAAAACCCCAAACAAUAGGAUUUGUUACCUCUGCAUGGUCCUUUAAUCAAAGGAAUUGCAGAAAUGAGAAACAGUUCAUAGUGUUUUGUAUGAAAGGGAACGCACCUUCUCAGUGAGCAGUGUGGUUAGGUUCCCCAGUGUGGCAUAGGAAAAGUGUCUUAACUUUGGGCACGUGAAACACUUGAGUUAAGCUUUCAGAGUAGCAUAGAGCAAAUGGAUUUAUUACCAAGCCAGUGAGGUUUUCACAGUUUGAAAGAACAUGGUUGUAAUACAAUUGAAACCUGUUUUUUAAAUGUAUUGUUUAGUGUCUUAUUACAGUAGCUAUAAAUGAUCAGUAGAGGAACUUCAUGGACAGCUUCUGAAAAAUUGAAUCCUUUUUGCAGUAUGGCUGAAGAAUCAGUAACUGCUCCUGGCAGCAGUCUUCACUGGUAGAUAGACACAGUAAGCAAGAGUUGGUGGAACGAACUUUCAACUUCUGUACUGCAAGCCUUACCUGGGUGUUGGGAACUCCAGCCCCAGAUGCCAGGGGAGAGGGCAGGGCAGCGUUCAGCAAUUCCUUUAUUUCAGCCUGUAAGUAACUGGGCUGCCAAGCUUGCGCUGGGCUGGACCUGCAUGCCAGAAAUCUUUCUGAUGGUGAAUGAACCAAGAGCCUUUGCCUCACCUGGCUUGGUAACAACUGCUUUGCGGUGGCUGCAUCUGCUACCUUUCCCUUGCUUUAAAAUGUGACAGCAGCCCAUGGCUCCCAUGUCUUCAGAAGGCAUUUUGAUGCUAAAUUAAGUGAUGUCUCACAGGAGACUUAGACUGGGGAAACACAACCUGAACAUAGAGUAGCCUUAGUUUUGAGUUAUGCAAAUAAUGUUACAUAUGUAAAGGCCAAACCAGAGUGGUCUGUAUUGCGGUAAGCAGUGAUGAAUGGCAAAGAUGCUGCCUUAGGUGCUCAGGUCCAUCAGUGUACAGCGUAUUUCCAAGCUGUUUAUGGUCUCUUCAUUUUGCAGAUGAAUGUUUAAAAGAAUGUCAUACCCAGUGCUAUUCAGUUUAAGCAAAUUAUUUUUUUCAAGUAUUAUGCCUAGUAACGCAUUUCAUCCAUACGUUGACCAAUUGACCUGAAGAAGCAAGGAGGGUAAAAAAAUGGAACAGAUUGACUGAAUUUUGUGUGGCCUGUAGCAAUCUGAUACAUCCUCAUAGACUUAGAUCUGUUACUUCUGCUUUCUCUGCUUACCCUUUCUGAUUUGACUGAUUCCUCCAUUCUUUCAGGGUAUACUGUUAAUUGUUGUAAAUUUGCUUUAUGCAAGGGUUUUGUCAGUCAUACACAGACUUCUGCUUCAAUCUUUCUCUGUUAAUGUUCUUGAGUAAUCAAAUAGUUGUUUGGGUGUUUUUUUUUUUUUUUAAAGAAACGUUUAAUACUGUAGAGGUUUUAAUUGGGGUUUAAUAGGGUUUUUUUUCCACUGGCUCACAUCAAUAUGAGUUCUGCUAUUAACUAAUGGUGGGGGUCUGACUAUAAAUGUGACUUCUAUAAAACUGAUACUGCAGUUAAGACUUGCAAAUCUGUAACUUCCUCUGAGCCUUGACAAAUAUGGGUGCUGGGGAUCCAGUUGCAAAUGCCUGAGCAUAAUCCUAUGAUUUAAAACCAAAUAGCAAUGUCUUUCAAAAUUGAUUUUACUUCCAGGGUGAGCAUGGACUUUGAUUACAUUUCUGGGGUCUGUUGGAAACCUUCCCUCUUUGUAGGUCCAGUGACAUACACCUAAUUUGACUCAGAAACUGGUUGGGUCUGUAGGAAAGCAAAGGAGAUGCUUGCAUAGCGAUACCAGCAGUUAACUGGAGAAACUUGGAACUGCUGAAGCAUGAGGUGGUGGAUAGUGUAAAGAUGCUGUAGAAAUGUGGUUGGUAAAAAUGCACAAUUAAAGACAAAAAUAAAUGAAGGUGAAA